AUGCGAGAAUUGGGGUCCAAGGGAGCGAGCGACGGCAUGGCGGCUGAUCAGACCCCCAACCUCUCCCCGUCCUCCUCUCCUAGCAGCCUCUCGCCCAUCACAGCUAAGACUCUCUUUCACGAGGCCUCCUCCCACUACAACCCCUUCGACGACUCAGACCUGGAAGGAAGCACCCUAGCAAGAGAGGCAGCAACAGAAGAGCAAGCCGGGACCGAAGAUCUCUAUGCCAAAUGCCUUGACGAGACUGUUCUCUUCUCCUCCCCGUCCAUUGAAGAGGAAGGAAGUGACGCGAUAAUGCAGCGAUGCGUCAAGCUGCCUCUCCCCAAACGAGCUGUUGUUUGUGCUGUUAUCAAUCACGCGUUCCAACACAAGUGGCCCCACAAGAAGGUUGUCAAGGUAUUGGCAAAGAUCACUCCUCAGGUCAUAAGCGACAUGUGGAACUCAGCUGAAAACUCCUCUGGGUCUGGACUCUUUCCCGACCAACCGCCUGAGCCAACAGCGCAAGGAGAAGAGGAGGAAGCUGCUGGUGAGCAUUCGACAGAUGGAUGGAUCGUGAAGCCCGUCUCAAGCUCAAUAGACUCAGACAGUAUUGGAGGACACCUAUGUGAAAGACUCAAGGGCGACUUAUCUGAAGAUGAUGAGAACGUCAUAAGAUCAUGA